AUGUCAUACGAUUGCGGUGUCGAUGCAGAGCCGUUGUACCGGUAUCGGCCAGGAGGCUUCCAUCCUGUGGCAAUUGGCGAUGUCCUUAACCACGGACGGUACAAGAUCCUCCAUAAGCUGGGUUGGGGUGGUUAUUCGACAACAUGGGCUGCAAAGGAUCAACAAGACAAUCAAUACGUCGCGGUCAAAAUUGCGACAUCCGAAUCAAGAAACGAAAGUGAGCUUUUUGAGCUGGUCACAGGCCAGCCUCCAUUUGACAGCAUAAUGAUUCCUGCGGAUCUUGUUCAACAAAUGGUGGCAUUCGCUACUGAUGGCCUACCACCACGAUGGCAGGAGAAAUGGAAAGCGAUGGAGGAGAAAUUGCCCAUCGAAGAGGAGACCCAUUCGCUACAGUGUUAUUCACUUUGUCAAUGGUUGAAAGAAGUCUACUUUGAUGACCAUCGACAACCGGAAUUCACCACGGAUGAUAUCGCCGAGGUUGGCAAGUUAGUUUCAAUGAUGCUCAAGUUUGAGCCAUCACAUAGGGCUUCAGCAAUCAAUAUUCUUGCCAGCGAUUGGUUCAAGUGA